AUGAACGGCACAAUGAAACCGGAAAUGGUAUCCGACUACCCGUCACGGUCAACAUCACUCCUUAGCAAAUUGCAAAAUCUGGACAAUGGCAACCAGAAAGGCAUGACUCUGCACAAAGCUGCAGCUCCUUUACGCAUCUUAGUGGUUGGUGCUGGUCUUGGCGGCCUCGCUACAGCAGUGGCUUUAGCACGCCGCGGACAUGCAGUUACUGUUUUGGAGCAAGCGGCAGCGUUGGGAGAGGUUGGAGCGGGGAUUCAGAUUCCACCCAAUUCCGCGAGGCUUCUACUUUCCUGGGGCAUCGGCCCUUUUUUCGAAGGCCGGGUCGUAGAGCCGGAAAGCAUGACGUUCCGCCGUUGGGAAGACGGUACUGCUAUUGGAUACACGAAACUCAAGCCAAACUUCAGUGAGACAUACGACGCCCCGUACUUUGUCAUCCACCGCGCGGACUUCCAUGAUGCCCUGUGCCGCCUGGCAACUCAGCAGGGUGUUCAAAUAAUUACCAACAGCAAGGUUGUUAAAUACGACGAGAGUGUACCAUCAGCCACAACAGAAGAUGGGAGGGAGUACACUGCGGAUCUCAUUGUUGCUGCCGAUGGUGUUAAAUCUGUAGCACGACCUACUGUCAUCGGCGGCGUGGACAAGCCGGCAACAAAGACAGGAUUCGCAGCAUAUCGCGCCGUGGUGGACACUGAUCAGAUGAAAGCCGAUCCCGACACUUGCUGGUUGUUGGAGAAACCGGGUAUCAACGUUUGGAUCGGAGAAGGUCGACAUGUUAUGACCUACUGCAUUGCUGGAGGGAAAUCUUUUAACAUGGUGCUAUCCCAUAUAGACCACAGUGAUCCCAACACCUGGAACCCUCAGAACGCCAUUGAAGAUAUGAGGAAGCACUUCGAAAACUGGGACCCCAAGCUCAAAAAGGUCAUCCAUCUCGUCAACAAGACAAUCAAGUGGCCGCUUCUGAGUGGCGCUCGCCUCCCGACUUGGAUCUCCAAAAGCCAGAAGCUCGUCAUCCUCGGCGACGCUGCACAUGCCAUGGUGCCCUACAUGUCCCAGGGAGCCGCCAUGGCUGUCGAAGAUGGCGCUGCACUUGCUGAAGCAUUGUCACUUAUUUCGUCAAAGGAUCAAGUCCCCGAUGCGCUUCGAGUUUUCGAGAAGGAGAGAAUGGGCCGCAGCUACGGCAUGCAAACAGCAAGUCUGGUAAACGGGAAACUCUGGCAUUUCCCAGACGGAGCAGAGCAGCAGGCUCGAGAUCGCGGGAUGCGAGCUGAAGUCGAAGGGAAAUAUUUCAUCGAGAGUACCAACCAGUGGAGCGACCCUGUGACGCAACUGUGGACAUAUGGGUAUGAUGCGGAGAAAGAGUUGAGAAAGGCCUGGCCUUCCGAGGGCGGAGCUACGUUUGGACUGGGUGCAAGGCAUAAAAUGUAG